GAGCUGAAAGAAACGAGGAGCUGAUAGAAACAAGGAGUCGAAAGAAACAAGAAGCUAAAAGAAAUAAGAAGUUAAAAAAAAUAAAGAGUGAAAGAAACAAAGAACCAAUAGAAACAAGGAGUCGAAAGAAACGAGAA